GCGCAGCUCUUUCGACCUCCGGUCAAAGAGGUAACAAAGUGGGGGAGCGGUGGAUUUUGGCGCUCUCAACACUUCCGGCAUCUUUCGGCGCUUCCGGUUCGUUUUCUUCUCUUUUCAGCGUCUCUGAGGGCUCUCUCUGCCCAAGAAGAAGUGACCCAGAAGAAUGGAUUCGGAACUGCUUCCAGUUCAUCAUACGGUUCAAGAAGCCAUUGAAACUCUCUCUUCUUCUCGAGAUUCCAGCCAGAUCUCUCGGGCAUUGCGGACGGUUAAGAGUUUUCUCGGCAAAACUGAAAAUCCUGCUUCUGUGAAAGAGCAGGAUGAAUUUAUCGGCCGACAUUUUACCACCUUUUUGCAGUGUCUGAUGAAUAGCUUGAGCCCUGAUUGGUUGGAGCAGUUCCAGUCAGAUGAAGAGAAGGAACUGUGGGCCAGCUUUUUCCUAGAAGGACCAGCAGACCAGUCUUUUAUGGUUCUUUUGGAAGCCAUAAUUUCUAUAAGAUCCAGUUUUUGUCUGAACAAACUCGUGGACAUCUUGGAGCAGUUUCUUCGUAGAGACAGGCUGUCGGCUUUGAUGUGGGAGGUCUGCAAGCAGCAGACACAGAUCGGGAGUCCAGUGUUGCAGGAAGCCACUCUGGGCAGGAUCGUGUGCCUGCCAGAUCAUUUAGCUAACAAGCUCCAAGGAGAAAACCGACCCAUCUUCUUCCCCCAGAACUACUUUCCGCUGCUUGGCGUGGCAUUGGUCCAGGUGAUGGAGAGGAUUUUUGAUUCGCUGCGAGAUGGCUUGGACUGCUCAAUCUCCUUUGUGUCCCAGGUGCUAGGGAAAGGAUGUGCGCACGGAAGAAAACGAGAGAUCUUGAGUGUGUUGGUGCCCCACCUCGCAGACCGUACGCAGUCCGACUGCAUCUGGCAGAGAAUGUCCUGGCGCUUGGUCGAAAGUGUGCCAGACCGCUGGAUGGAAGCUGUCGUUUGUGGCUUUGUUCAGUUAGCAGGCGGGUCUGCCGCGUUGGUUCGGCUGCUGGGGAACUUGGUUCUCAAGAGCAAGAAGGCGCAAUUUGUGAUGACCCAGAAACUGCUGUUCUUCCAGUACAACUACCCAACGGCGGUGUUGCAGACACUCCUUGGAUACUUGGCCCUGGAAAGCAUGCGGCGUCCUUUACUAAUCAAGGUAAGUGGGCAAAGGCUAAACCAAAUAAACCAGAGGCUGGCUGAUAUGUAAUAAACACAUAAUCAU